AUGUCCAGAUCUACUCUCUUACAAUCCCAAACGAACGCCCUUCUCACCCUUUUGAACCUCAACGAACCUCCCACUUCUUCCAGCUCAUCUGCCGAUCCCUUCCCUCGCCCUUCCUCUCCAGCAGCAAAAUACUCUGAACCUGCCGGUCCACUGGUAUGGAAAGUUCUCGUAUUGGACGAGUUGAGUAAAGAUGUACUAGCCACUAGUUUAAGAGUACAAGAUCUUAGAGAGCAAGGUGUCACUUUGCACAUGCAAUUACAUUCCCCUCGACCUCCUUUACCAGACGUACCAGCUGUAUACUUUGUAUCUCCUACAUUAAUCAACAUUCAACGUAUCGCCCAAGAUCUCAAUCCUCCAUUAUACUCAGCAUAUCACAUUUCAUUCACUUCUUCCCUAUCUCGAUCUUUACUCGAAGAAUUUGCUUCGUUGAUCUUGGCCAAUGACCCCACCGGUCAAACGGGUCAAUUGAUAGCUUCUGUCCAUGACCAAUUUCUGGAAUUUCUCGUUCCUUCUCCAAAUCUCUUCUCGUUGUUACCCCGUCGAGAAGUGAAACAAGAAACGAACGGUGUCAAUCACAAAACCCCCAAAACGAAGGAUAAAGAAAUCGAAGGACGUCCGAGUUACGUAGUUCUGAAUGAUCCUAAAGCUGGAGAAAUCGAAAUCGAAGAAGAGAUUGAACGUAUUGCAAAAGGUUUAUUCAGCGUCAUCAUCACUAUGGGUGUCAUACCCAUCAUCCGUUGUCCGAGAGGUAACGCUGCCGAAAUGGUCUCGAGGAAGUUGGAAGCAAAACUCAGAGAUUACCUCGCUUCUUCUUCUCAACGUGGAGCUGCAUCUAGAGAUGGGGGAUAUGGCUCAGACGGUUUCAGUAAUUUACAAAGACCAUUGCUAGUGAUUUUGGAUAGAAACGUUGAUCUCAUCCCCAUGCUCUCACAUUCUUGGACAUAUCAAGCUCUGGUUCAUGAUGUUUUGGAUAUGAAACUCAAUAGAGUCACCGUUGAAUCUCCUGAGAAUGGUCGACUGCAAAAGAAAUCGUAUGAUAUUGAUUCCAAAGACUUUUUCUGGGCGAAAAAUGCUGGAAACCCUUUCCCACAUGUAGCAGAGGAUAUAGAUGUUGAGUUGAGUCGGUAUAAAGCCGAUGCGGCUGAGAUCACUCGAUCAACAGGUAUAAGUGAUGUCAAUGAUGUUUCUCAAAUUGACUUUACAUCCAACACUGCCAAUUUGAAAACAGCCAUUACCGCACUUCCAGAACUCACAGCCCGUAAACAUACCCUUGACACACAUAUGAACAUCGCCACCGCUCUUCUCCAAGCUAUCAAAGAACGCGGUCUGGAUAAUCUAUUUCAAGUGGAAGAAGCAGCUGCCAAACAACCAAAAUCCACCGUGAUAGCUACUAUGAAGGGACAAACGGAUGAUCCUACGCAACCCGCUCACCCAACUCCAGAUGAUCAACUUCGAUUGGUCAUCAUCUAUUUCUUAUCCAUGGUUGAUAAUUCCAUGUCGAAGGAAGAUCUGGUCGAAUUGACGGAUAUACUCAAAGAGUCCGGGGCGAAUGUUGCUGCUUUGGAAUAUGUGAAAAAAGUCAGGGAAGUGAAUAGGAUGACUAUGAUGGCUAGUCAACCUGCUGUUGCUGCUCCUACACAAGGGGGUGAUUGGACAAAAGGUUUCGGAGCUUUGGGUAGUAGGAUCACUGACAGAUUACGAGAAGGAGGUAUAAGUGGUGUAGGUCUCGACAACCUAAUCUCAGGAGUCAAAAACUUCCUUCCUGCUCGUAAAGAACUCACGGUGACUCGAUUGGUAGAAGCUUUGAUGGAACCAUCAUCAGCUACUAGUCAAGCUUUACAAGAUACAGACGAUUUCCUCUCUUUCGAUCCCAGAGCCACACGAUCUCGUAAUCCAGGUCAAUCGAAUAGGACUAGACAACAAUAUCAAGAGAGUAUAGUGUUUGUGGUUGGAGGAGGAGGAUAUGUGGAGUAUGGUAAUUUGAUGGAAUGGGCAACGAGGAGUCAAAGAGAUGGUGGUGGAGGUGGGAAAAAGAUCACUUAUGGGAGUACGGAAAUAAUGAAUCCUACUUCUUUUGUGAGGACUUUAGGGGAUUUGGGAGCUGCUUGA